UCCUUGCAGUAAGAAAAGGAGAGGGAAAUUGAUCGGGACGGGCUCCCUCAGAAGGCAAGCGUGGAGCGGUUUUAAUUUGGUUGCUGGAAGGAAGCAAAAGAGAAGCUGUCAUUUGUGUCUGUGUGUCCCUAUACGAGGGCCUCCUGGUUCCUUGUUAGCUUAUAGAGAGGGGAAAAAAAAAAAAAAAAGCGCGUUUGAUGUUACGUCUGACCAGCUGCUGUUCUCCAUAAUAACAAGAGAGAGAACUGCCUGCCCUGGCGAGUUGCGUCACUUCGCUUCAACUUUAGGCUAGAAAUCAAGAGAGGGAGAGACAAGUUUCAAGGGAGGCAGGAGCGAGCUGGAAAGCCCUGCCGUCUUCCUCCCACCCACCUACCCCUCCUCCUUUACCCCUCUCCUUUCUCCACCCCCUACAAAAAAAAAAAAAAGAAAAAAAAAAGAAAAAAAAAAAGGAAAAACCUUUCCCAUCAGAGAAAGAGGGAGAUCUCUUUGGAAACAUGGAGCUGCUGUGCUGCGAGGUGGAUCCCAUGAGGAGAGCUCUGCCUGACCCGAACUUGCUCUACGAUGACCGCGUUUUGCACAACUUACUAACCAUAGAGGAAAGGUAUCUGCCCCAAUGCUCCUACUUCAAGUGCGUCCAGAAGGACAUCCAGCCCUUCAUGAGGAGGAUGGUGGCCACUUGGAUGCUGGAGGUCUGCGAAGAGCAGAAGUGCGAAGAAGAAGUUUUCCCUCUGGCCAUGAAUUAUUUGGACAGAUUCUUAGCUGUGGUGCCCACUCGGAAGUGCCAUCUGCAGCUGCUGGGGGCGGUGUGCAUGUUCCUGGCCUCCAAGCUCAAAGAGACAAUCCCCCUCACAGCCGAGAAGCUGUGCAUAUACACGGACAAUUCCAUCAAACCCCAAGAGCUGCUGGAAUGGGAGCUGGUGGUGCUGGGGAAGUUGAAGUGGAACCUUGCAGCUGUCACCCCACACGAUUUCAUUGAACACAUCCUAAGGAAGGUGCCGCUCCCUAAAGACAAGUUGCUUUUGAUCCGGAAGCAUGCACAGACCUUCAUCGCCCUUUGUGCCACAGAUUUUAACUUUGCCAUGUACCCACCAUCAAUGAUAGCAACUGGAAGUGUGGGAGCAGCCAUCUGUGGCCUUCAGCUCGAUGAUGGGGACAGCCUCACGGACCUCCUGGCCAAGAUCACAAACACAGAUGUGGACUGCCUUAAAGCUUGUCAGGAACAGAUCGAGGCGGUGCUCGUGAACAGCCUGCAGCAAGUCAGGCAGCAACAGCAGCAGAGCAAUCCCUCCAAGACAGUGGAUGAACUGGACCAGGCCAGCACUCCCACAGAUGUGAGAGACAUCAACCUGUGAGGACAUCAGCACGCAGUCACGCUUGCUCCCUCAGACCCUUUAUUUUUGUUAUUAUUUUUAGAGUGAUUUUUUUUUAAUCUGCUCCCACAUAGAACAUAUUUAAAGCUCUUUUAGGUAUAAAGAAAAACAAAAAAAAAAUACAAAACCUGAAUAAUGGAAAAAAAAAAAGCAUUUGGUGCCUGUGAUGUUCUACAGAAGGGAAUCCCAUGAUAUAUUUGGUAAUUGCUAUUUGAUUAUGUAUCAGUGAUAUUAAAUGCUUAUAAAAGCAUACAAAGUAGCUAGAUCAAUGUAAGCCUGCAUUUGUGGGAACAAAGUAGAGUAUACUUGUCUGUGUAUUAUGUACUAGUGCAUACACCCCUUUUUUAGAUUUAAGAAAGGAAUCGUGUGUGCGAUUUUAUGGCUUGACUAGAUUGCAAAGCAAUAGAAUAAGGGGUUUAGGGCAAAGUGGGAAAAGAUCCCUGAAGCAAUUGAACCAUUUUAAAUGCAGAAGAGAUUUGCUGAUCUGUCACCUCUGUUAUUAGUCAGAAGUGUUUGUUGGAUCUCUGUAUGUUAGUUUUGUUUACUCUUGCUGUCUGUGGUAGCUGCUACCUAAGAAAGAAGAUGCUUUAUUUUACCAGCCAGAAGAGCAGGUGUCUUUUGGGCUUUUUUUUUCAGUUGAUUUAUUUUUCUUUUUUUUUUUUUUCUUCUUCUUUUCCCCCAACUUCCCCUCUGCCCCUCUUGACUUUUUAUCUACUUUUCCUUCUGAAAUGGUUCAUUCUAAACACAGCAGCAUCUUUGGCAUGAGGGCAAUUCCGUUUACCCAGCCGUGGGCCGAGCCAAAGUUCCCAAGUGCUCACGGUCAGUGGGGGGAAUGCACGCAUUAAUCCCGACCUGUUGGCUGGACAGACCACCUCCAUCCAACCUUUGGAUUGCAAGAUGUGGUGGAUCAUCUAGGAAAAGCAUUAUAUUCCUUUACAGUGCUAAUGCUUCAUGUCCAUGUUAACGUCUGGCAGCUUCUUAGCUUGGCCACAAAGACAUUUAAAUGAUGCUCUCUCCAUCUUCCCUUGUAACAGCCCCUCACUGUGUUAAAGAAGAUGAGGUUUGGUUUGUUCCCUCGUCUCUCUUCCCCCCCACUCCCCCCUGCACACCUUUUCAGCAUUUCAUUAACUUUAUUGAUCCACAGUGAGCGUUUUUGUAAACCAUUUCAUUCGAAAAGCACUUUGAAAAUUGUUCCUAAGGGAUUAAAUGAGAUGGUUUAUGACAAUUUUGCCGAGGAAAGAAAAAAUAAACAAACAAAAAGAUUAAAAAAAAAAGAAAAAAAGAAAAAAAAAAAGAAAGAAGUCACAAAAGCAAGGCUUUGUAUAGCUUUUUAUAGUCAAUAUUUUCCAGUAUCUGGUGUACUCGGUUAGUUGCGGUGUUGCUGGAAAUACCAACACCCGCUUCAGAUGACAUUCCUGUCAUGACAUUCCGGAUAAAAACCUGACCAUCUGUAUUGUUCAGUGUCACAGAAGGAUCUUAAUACCACCUGCGUGUUUAUCUAUGGACAAGGAAAGAAAAUUGCUGGUGCAACAGCCAUGGUGGUAAACAUCGAGGUGCAUGACUUGGAGUUUUAUUACAAAGGUGUAUUCAGUGUACUUGAAUUUAUUUUCCUGCUCCACCUGUAACGAAGAGGCAUUUAGAUGGCAAAGGAGUUGGAGCAACUUUUGGUUUUUUUUUGGUUUGUUGUUUUUGGGUUUUUUGUUUUGUUUUGGUUUUUUUUUUUUUUUUUUGCACAAUUGUAUUAACAGUUUGCAGAUAUCCAAUAUGAAGCUGUUGGUUGAAAUGUUAAUGUUUGCAUUUUUAACACAGAAAUCCAGAAAGAACAUGCUACUUUGAAGAAUAUUAUAUGUAUGGACUCAGCCUAUUUGGCUAGAUGAGGGUAGAAAAUGGAGUAAGAUUCUAAGGUUUUGUUGUUUAUUUGGUUUUGGGGGUUUUUUUUGGUUUUGUUUUUUUUUUUUUUUGCGCUGCUAAGAAGCUAUGAUUUGUUUCAUUCUUAUUCACAUUAACAGUACUUAGCUGUAUUGUUUCACUGAGUGUGCUGCUAUUUUAUAAACAUUUUUAUAAUAUAUUAUUUUACUGCUUAAAUUUCAAAUCCUGAAGUAGAUGGUUAAGUGGAGAUAUGAUGAGUUCUUUGAUUUACUGGAAAUGCCCUGUACAGGUUUUUUUUCCCCUAAUAGCGUGUUCAUUAUUUUUUUUUUUAAUUUUAUUUUAUUUUUUCCUUCUUUCUUCUUCCUUUUUUUUUUUAAUCUCCUUCCUUCCUGAUCACAUCCUGCAAAGAUGGUAUACUUACCUCAGGUUUGCUGGACAAGAAAUGAUUCCCAUUUUCACAAUACCUCACACAGUGACAGUCUGGUUGCCCCGGGGCCCGCUGGGGAGAGGUUGCAAGCAGCCGAGGCGGGGCACUGCCUCCUUUUUGGUCUCUGGUAUCUUUUUCAUAGUGGAAAAAAUGCAUUGACUCUCCACUGGUGAGCAGGUCUGUCCUCCCCAAAGCUGUUGCUGGGCACAGCCUUGGCCUCACCUCCCGCCUCGAUGUUCUGCAUUGGGAGCACCCGGAAUUCCAUGGCGGUGUCUCUGUCCUGGAGGAAAAAAUUAUGUUGAUGUUGUUGAAGCAAGACUGUGGAGCCACACACAGAUCAGGUCAGGUCAGGUGGGAUCAUUCCUUGGCAGCCCUGCUCCGUGGCUUCAUGGGGAGCUGUGCCAGAGGGUGCUGAUGGUGGGGUGACCUCUCUGGGCGCUGGCACCAUGUCCGUCGUGGUGGCGUGGUUUGCUCCAUGCCGUAAGCCAGGUGUGGGCAGGAUCUGUGUUUAGGGUGCCUGCCCCUGCUCUUUGUCCCAUCUCCUGCACAGCCUGGUCCCACAGCAGCCGUGGGAUCCCAGGGAUGGUCCCUGCUGUGGAUCACAGGGCUGGUCCCUGCUGUGGAUGACAGGGCUGGUCCCACAGUGUCUCCCCUCUGCACAACUGAAGGGGCAGGGGCUGAGGGCCACCACCUCUGUGGUUGGUUCCUCUGCAGCAGGGUGAGGGCAAGCUGUGCUGGAAGGGGCAGCACCAUUCAGCAUUCCCAGUCCCCUGCAGGGUCCUGGUGGGUCUGUGCGUGUCCCCACCAGGGUGAGGAGUGUCCUUGGCUGCAGUGACGUGGUCAGCAAGUGCCAGUCCUCUGGUUACAGUGUACUGUAUGUUCGAAGGCUGCAAACCCUACAACUUGAGUGCUUUCACAGUAGCUUUCAGAAUAAAAUUACUGCCUAGUACUCUCUUUUAACAGAUGUUAAAGGAAAUGUGUUGUUACUGCAAAUGAGGUGUGAGAUUUUCCCCCCUGAACUGCAGAAAUUGUGAACCUCCCAACUGAUUGAUUAAAAAAUAAUAAAAAAAGUCUUGCCAAUUGUGCCUUCCCAAGUGCCAAAGGAUUGGUACAGUUGCUAAAAGCGUUUCUCUCUCAGCUUCCUAUUGAUGGUACUUUGAUGAUCUUCUCCUCCUUCCCGUUCCUGUAGUGUAGGAGCACCUCAUAAUGUAUUUAUUUGUAUUUCCAACAUGCUUGUGAAAGAGAAAAAUAACCAUUAAUCCCAUGUCAAUGUCAAUGAUUUAUGCUUGAGUAAUCAGACAGCUCUUAAUUACUCAGCAAACCACCUGGCCACUGGAUUUUUUCCACUAUGUUUAUUACCAUGUUCUCAUGUACCUCAGAAAUCACUCUCGGUUGCACAGUUUCUGUUCUCAAACUUUUUUGGGUUUUUGUUUUGUUUUGGUUUUUUUUUUUUUUUUUUGGUUGGUUUUUUUUGGUUCUUGUUUUCUUUUUUUGCUUUAUUGAGUGUGAUGCCAUAUCAAGUCAACGUUAUUCUCUCACAAAUGUGCUCUUUAAGAGGUGUGGAUGUUUAUGUGGUCAGGGGAUGCUAGAAAGUGUGGUAGUAGACAUCAGUGUAAACAAAAGUAUUUAGAAAGUACACGGGGUUGUUUUUGAUGGAUAAGACUCUGAUACGGUGUAGUGUUGAUUGCCUUUUAAAAGGUCUUUGUUCAGUGUUGUCAUUUUUAUUAAUAACCUAUUGUUUUGACUAGUUUAAAGAUGGUUCUAAGAAAAGUGUUUUGGCGGGAUUAGGUAUGCUGUAUGGACAAUAAACUCACCUUGACCUAAA